CAAAUGCACCAAAGCCGAGGUGUCAGUUUCACUUUGGGUACCCAUUCCCGUCUCGAGCACUAUCCGGCGAGGCGGUGGCUCGUAAGACAGUGGGUGGCUACCUGUAGGUGGGUGGUAUAAGUAUAUGAGCCUGCGCAGAGCGCACUGCCCGAGUGAUCGGGUCCUUACACCAAGCUUGAGUGAUUCCAAAAAGUCGUUAUUAGGAUAACCUUGAUAUCCCAAACCUUCAUUCGUGCUCACAAGAAAAUGGCAUCCAACAACACCCAGCAAUACCUCGCCACGCCCGCCCUCACAAGACCAGGAGCCGCCCGAACUGACACCAGCUCAUCCAUCAUGACUGUCAGCUCGUUGUGCACGACACCGAUUGACGAAAUGCGCAACUUCGGCGACAGCUGGUUUGAGAGGCAAGCCACCUCGACCGUCGAGUACUUCCAGCAAAAAGAGCUCAAGAAGGCGUCACAACAGUCGCAGUCGCAGUCGCACUCGGCUUGCAAGGGCCACGGCGAAGCAUGGUUCGAGAACUUUGCGGAGCAGUAUGAGCAAUACCUGGCCAAGAGGUCUUGAUUGAGCAGCCAUUCAAGAUCGGGCGCAAGAGAUACAAAAUUAUGUCUUUUACUUUUUGGAUACGACGCGGCGGGAAAAGGGUUUGCGGCAGUACAGUACACAUUUUGAACAACAGUCAAGCAUCAAGAAUGCAUUAAUGGAGUGCGACAAACGAGCGGUGGUGAACACGGGCAUUUGCAUACACUACCUGAAGGAGUCGCCAGCAUUUGCAUUUUACCCGUGGUUUCGGACGAGGCGUUGUGCAAACAUAUUGAAGUCGAUGUGAUUUUACUUGUGGGGAUGCCCUUCCGGAUAUCGCUACAUGGGUCUGAGGGUUUGUUCAUUGCAUUGCAUUGUAUAGCAGCGCCGGGCUGUUUCGCUCGAGGAUGAAGAGAAGAUCUGGUUCUCACCUAAUGAAUAAUAAAUAUGAC